AUGGCGAUGGUGUGGCCUACCGCAUGUCUCUUACUCUCUAAGCAACAAGGUCUUGAGUCAACCUUCUUUCUCUUUCGGCCUCUGACGAGCUACCGCACCCAAACACAAUAUAUUGUAAGGCCUGGUGUUGGUAGUGGGUAUUGGCGUCUGAGCGGUGGGAGCUGGGCCAUCGGGGCAGCGGACACCAUUUUCAUAGCUGGGAUCGCGGCCAAAGGGGGCGAGGACAGCAGUGCAUAGCUGGUGCGGUGGCCAUUGCGGGGACCGGGACAGCAGGGUUUAUAGCUGGGACAGCACUUCGAGGCUGGGACAGCAGGGAGGGUUUAGAGUUUUAGUUUGGUAUGUUCUGGAACGGAGGAGAACGCAACUCUAAGCGCGAGGUUGGAUGAGGCGCUACGAGCUAUAGAGGAGGCCAAGGCUGAGACGAAGGAGGCCAAAGCUGAGACGGAGGAGCUUAGGGCAGCACAGCGGCGGUCUGCGGGUGCACCUGCCGGCAGCAGCUCAGGAGGCGACGGUCCAGUUGCUCCUGGAGGGGCUUCAUCUGCACCGGUGAGGUCAAUGUGGCCAGGCGGGGUGAGUCAUGAUGGCGGUACUGGGGUGCCGGGCUUGCCUCUGGGAGGUACAAUUGUCAGAACUCCUGUGCCUAGAAUCCCGCCUAAUUGCACCGCCGACACUUUUCUCAGUUGGCGGAGACGCUUUCUGGCCUACGUGGACAACCACAAUCUCCAGCACACAAUCUUCGGCAGUGCUGAGGUUCCCGUUGUCAGUUGUCAGGAUGAAGGAUACUUGACACGCCAGUAUGGU